GUGUGUGUCGGUGCCUCCUCGCCAUCUUGUUGCAAAGCCUUUUCUUGUCGGCGGGACUCCCGGGGGCCGCGGGGCGGGAGGCAUCAGAAGGGAAAAAGAGAGGGAGGGAAAGGAGGGAGGCAGUGCUGCCUUUUGUUUUUUUGCAUCAAAAAUUUUUUAAAUUUGCAAAUUAUAUUUUGCAAAUAUUUUGGGAAACAUUAAUUUUUGUCUCCGUGCUCUCCCGUUCUUCCCUGCGGAGUGCGCCGCGCCGCCCAGCCCUGUCGCCCCCCGGAGGUGAUCCCUCCCUCCUGCCUGCCCGCCAGCCUGACCUGUGCCCGGCUCGCGGGCCGCAGUCUCGGCCCCGGCGCGCCCCCGGGAGCUCUCGGCGCGAUGAGCAUAGAGACGCUACUGGAGGCGGCCCGCUUCCUGGAAUGGCAAGCGCAGCAACAACAGAGAGCACGUGAGGAGCAGGAGCGGCUUCGCUUGGAGCGGGAGAGGGAGCAGGAGCAGAAGAAGGCCAGCAGCCUGGCCAGGCUGGCCCAUGCCCUGCCUGUGGAGGAGCCCCGCAUUGAAGCACCACCCCUACCUCUGUCCCCGCCUGCACCGCCGCCAGCACCCCCACCCCCCCUUGCCACCCCCACCCCAUUGACUGUCAUUCCUAUUCCAGUAGUGACCAACUCUCCUCAGCCUCUGCCCCCGCCCCCACCACUGCCUGCCACAGCCCAGCCUCUGCCCCUGGCACCCCGCCAGCCAGCCCUGGUUAGCACCCCUGGACUCAGCAUUAAGGAGGCUGCCCCCCUGCCCACCAGGCCACAAGUGCCCACCCCUGCUCCCCUGCUGCCGGACUCCAAGACCACCCUUCCGCCCACUGGCAGCCCUAAGCCUCUGCAGCCCCUCCCCACACCCAUCCUGACCAUAGCACCACACCCUGGAGUCCAGCCCCAGCUGGCUCCCCAGCAGCCACCCCCACCCACUCUUGGGACCCUGAAGUUGGCACCAGCGGAAGAAGUCAAAUCCAGUGAACAGAAGAAGAGGCCUGGGGGGAUCGGAACCAGAGAAGUCCACAACAAAUUGGAGAAGAACAGGAGGGCCCAUCUGAAGGAAUGCUUUGAGACCCUGAAGCGCAACAUCCCCAACGUGGACGACAAGAAGACGUCGAAUCUGAGUGUGCUGCGGACGGCGCUGCGGUACAUCCAGUCUCUGAAGAGGAAGGAGAAGGAAUAUGAGCAUGAGAUGGAGCGGCUGGCACGGGAGAAGAUCGCCACACAGCAGCGGCUGGCGGAGCUCAAGCACGAGCUGAGCCAGUGGAUGGACGUGCUGGAGAUUGACCGUGUGCUCCGGCAAACUGGCCAGCCAGAGGACGACCAGGCCUCCACCUCUACGGCCUCUGAGGGUGAGGACAACAUAGACGAGGAUAUGGAGGAGGACCAGGCCGGCCUGGGCCCACCUAAACUGAGCCAUCGCCCCCACCCGGAGCUGCCGAAGCCACCGCCCAGCACCGCCCCUGCACCUCUACCUCCCCAUCCACAUCCCCACUCCCAGCCCGUGGCCCUGUCUCCUGUCCACCUGCCUGGGCAGCAGCCGCCACCACCGCAGAAGACACCUCUGCCAGCCCCUCCUCCCCCAGCGGCUGCCCCUGCCCAGACGCUGGUGCCCGCCCCAGCCCAUCUGGUGGCUGCCGCUGGCGGAGGCUCCACGGUCAUCGCCCACACGGCCACCACCCACGCCUCAGUCAUCCAGACUGUGAACCACGUUCUACAGGGGCCGGGCGGCAAGCACAUCGCCCACAUUGCCCCCUCAGCCCCCAGCCCUGCUGUGCAGCUGGCACCUGCCACACCCCCCAUCGGCCACAUCACAGUGCACCCUGCCACCCUCAACCAUGUGGCCCACCUCGGCUCCCAGCUGCCCCUGUAUCCACAGCCCGUGGCAGUGAGCCAGCCCGUGGCGGUGAGCCACAUUGCCCACACCCUCUCACACCAGCAAGUGAAUGGCACAGCGGGGCUGGGACCCCCAGCCACUGUCAUGGCAAAGCCAGCUGUGGGGGCUCAGGUGGUGCACCACCCCCAGCUGGUGGGCCAGACAGUGCUCAACCCCGUGACCAUGGUCACCAUGCCCUCCUUCCCGGUCAGCACACUCAAGCUGGCUUGAGGAUGAGGCCGCUCAGAGGCCCCCAGUGGGGGCAGGGAGGGGGACCUGUCCCCCACUCUCCCACCCACCAGCUCCACACAUUCCAGCCAGGCCAAGGCCCGCCCCACCCACACCCACCCCCAGGCCUCCUAGGGGAAGGGGGUGCAGAGACUCUGAGCCAGGGGAGGGAGGGCCCCUCUCCAGGGAGCUGGGCACAGGGCAGGGGGUUACCCCCACUGCACUAGGACUUGAUAAAGUGAUGAGACACUCUGGUGAAUGUGCCACUUGUCCGGCCUGGUGCCAGCUCCAGUGCCGUUUCCGCCUCCCCACCUUGUCCCCUGUAACCAGUGCGAUGUGGCUGUUGUGUUCUCCGGCUUCCCUGACCCUGCCUGCCUUCCUGUGCUGCUGCUAUUGCUCUGUCUGAUGAGGUGGCUGAGUGCUGGGCCCUCCGUCCUGAGCCUCAGUCUUCUCUCCCCAGGCCUUUGGAGGGGAAAGGCGGGAGGGAGCAGAACUGAAGCAACUUGGCCCAGAAAGCUGGGUACCUUGUGUGUGUGUGUGUGUGGGGGGGUGUCUGCUCUGAGUACACGUGACAGAUCCCAGGAAGUGGCUGCUCGGCAGUCCCAUUGGCACAGAUGGGCACCAGCCUAGGGUUGUCUGACCCAGCUGCAGUCACUGACUCGUCACAGCAGAAGCUAGUUAGGAGGAGUCUCUCUCAUCAACUGAAUCCAUGGUGUUGCUAAGCUCCCUGAGCGCCCCAGUCCUUGCCACUGGGGCUCCUGACUUCAGGAGGGCAGGCUGAGGGUGGGUGGGGGCUGGGAAGGGAGGGCGUGGCUGUCCUGCCCCCGUACUGACCCCCGCCCCCCUCCACUGGCCUGGGUACGACUGAGGAGAGAGCUUCUCUGGACCCAUCCCCAUCCCCGGUUCCCUGGUCUCUGCUUGGUGCCGUGCACUCCUGAGGGAUGUGUCCGCCCGAGUGCCUCCCGCAGCCUUGGGGAGGUGGAUUUGCGUUUGGUCUGGGUUCCAGGACCUGGGCCCAAGCCCCUUCCCUGAUGCUCUGGGGACCUGUAAAGAAGGGAGGAGGGCUGCUACUUCUGCCCCAACUCCUCUGUCUCUGGCAUCAUCUCUCUUUCUCCUGAACAUCCACUUUUCCCCAGUGGGCUGUUCUGAGUGUACGCUCGGUGGUGGCUGCUAUGUGCCACACACAAGCUUCCUCUGAGGAAGGUCCUCAGUUGGACCUAGGGCAGGGCUGAGCUUGGCGUGGGGAGUGAGGGGGCCUGUGUGGGCGGCAUGCUUCUUUCCCUGCCUCUGUCUCGGUAGAGCGCUUUGGCUUCUCUCUUUAUGUGGGUAUUUAUUACAAGUGGCCUUGUGUCAGACACACACUCAGUUGUGCACACGUGCACUCGGCUCCCCACCUGAACACACAAUGGCCUUUCAGUGUGGGGAGAGGAAGCCAGUGUCCUAGGUGUGGCAUUUGCUUUGACGGGCUAGGGGCAGGAAGAGUGGCUUGCAGUAUUCUGAGGGGGCUGGCAAAGGUCUUGAACAGAUUGGGACACCUAAGAACUCCCUUUCAGUUCCUUCCUGGCCCUGGAGACUUCCCAGGGGACAGUUCUCCUUUGUCUCUCCUGCGGUGCGGAAAGGGAGGGCCAAUGGACACCCUCGAGGCCUCCUAAGAGGGAGCCCCACUCGCCCCAGCACGGCACCCCCACUUCUCACAAGCGUGCUGCCUUCCUGCCCCCGCACCCAUCACCUACCACCCUGGUUCUUGGGGAAACCGCUUUUCACCUUUCCCCCAGUGAUUACAACCGCAAGAGCGGAGGGAGCCCAAUGGGCCCAGCGCCCAGGGCACAGUCAGAGAAGCAUCGGGGAACCUGCCCUCGCUCUCAAGCUCUGUUCGCCUCCCUGCAUCCUGAGGCCAUUCCAGAGUUGAAAGUGUGUCAACCAGUGGCCUCUCGGGCCUGCACAGAUACCUCAUCCGCCCGUUCACCGCCCCUGCCCCUCCCCACCCCUAGCAGUGGGGGCCUUUGAAUCUAGUGCCGAAUGACUAUGUCCAGAUUGGUGACCAUGGGUGUUGUUGCUGUUGUUUUUGUUGUUGUUUGUGAACGCUGUGAUGCUGUGUGCCCGAGAGGGCAGCCGCCGCCCAGCCCUUCCUUGGGCAUCUCCCCUCUGAGAGCUGUCAGGACCAUAUCUGUCCUCACCCUGUGGGACCGCCUGCCCCUCCCCUCCCUAGCCCUUCCAGCCUGGGGGACACGUGAGUGCGUGUGCGCGUGCGUGCACGCAUGCACACACACACACACAC